AUGGAAAUCCUAAUUUACCUGCUCGGCAACCUGUGUUGCAUUGCAGCAGCGGGGUUGCUGGCGAAGCAGCUGCUGACCAGCAAUGUAAAUACCGAGACGAGCCUGCACAUCUCCAAAGACCUGCAUAUGGCGUGCUCAGCUGGAACAAUCUCAACAUAGAGGAAUCUGUGAUGCAAAGAAAACGCGGAUGAUCGACCUCGUCUCCUGUCUGCUCAGCAUGACAAACAACUUGUGACUGCUGUAAACUGAACCAGAGCUGAACCAGAGUUGUCCAUGAUUAAGAAGAAUUGCCGGGCUUCAAAUAAGCUGCAGUAAGUACUAGUCUUCGGCACUCCGCAAUUUUUGCGUGGAUAAAAAAUACCAUGUGAAGAUCUCUAUUCACAUCGUUCUUCCAGUUCAGAUCGUUCCAGCUGAGUACGCCAUAGUGCAGUACAUGCUUUUCUUCGGCUCCGUAUUCCGACUCUAUUGGAGCUUGUCACCGCCGGAGAUCUGGUAAAAGUUUUGAAAUAGGAAUAGCAAAAGAAAUGUAGAAGUAUAUUAGUACUCGAUCUCGAAUUCUAAUAAGUACCAGAGCCAGGCAGAGCAUAUCUUGAAUCACUUUGCACGUGAUUAACCCUCACACUCAAGGUCAGAAGAGGCCACAAUAGUGCAGUAUCUGUGCUUCGCUGACCUGGCCGGUACCGUCUUACUCUGGGGCCUGUGCGCCGUGCUUUCAACCAAGUUCGGGAAAAACCUCUACUGGGAACUCACCGGCGUCCGGUCACAAGACAGCAAAGCGAAAGGUAGGUGAAAUAAUUUCGAUGAGUUUAGCCACGAAAGUGAAAGAAUACCGCUCUUCACGUUGCUUGGAUAUCAUAUUCGCAAUGUGAAGAUUUGGAACUUUUUCUCAGCUUCGGCACGACUUCGCGUGUAUGAAAACAAUGGAUAUAAAAACACCACAGCGAAGAAACCAGCGGAAGGUUUUACUGCUCUCUUGACCUGGUAUCGUAGAGAGAAUAACUAGAAUGUCGCAUCUUUGUAGUUGCAAAAUUCAAUGACAAUCAAUGAAGUAAGAACUACUUGAAGAACUACAACAUUUUGAGAAAUUGUGUCAUGGGAAAGCCCAUGGCAUGCAUGUUAAGACCAGACGAAUCUUUUCGCGUGUUCAUUUCCACGGGACAAAGCCGACAUACUAGCUUUUUUCUAUGUGAUACCUAGCCAAUACUUUCGGUAGCCGCUGGCGUUCUGGCGUGGUUAGCAACGCAUGUCCUGCCGAGCUUAAGUGGACCAACAGCUUGGCCCUUCGUGGAUUGGGCAGUACGUUAUGAAAUGUUUGUUUCAAUAUGCUUUUUCUUGGAAAACAUAUGUGAAUGAGCAAGUUUGUUGUUUGCUUGAUACUUAGACUUACCAAAAAUUCUGUCCAGGUUGUGUGGAACAUGCUUAUCGACGGAAUGGCAAUGAUAUCCAACGAAGAUCGUUUGGAUUCGUGUAAUUGGAAAUAAAUCUGUAUACACAGAGACCAAGAAGUUGCUCUUGCACCACUUCGUCUCAUGCCGGAUAUCGAUAUUCUGCAUGACAGGCUUCGUGCUUCGGGCAGCACAAAGAUUGUUGUUUUUGUACAGAGGGAGGACGCUUCAUUGACUUUGACUCCUUUUUGUUUUGUUGGAUAACUGCUGCCACAAAUUCUGACUCUGUCCGCGUCAGAGGAAAAAACACCAAGAAUAACAUCGCACUUCGUUGGCUUGCUGUGCGUAGGUACUUUAUUUUACAAGAAGUGCUAUACUUGAACAUGAUGAUGAUAGUGGUUCGGAAUUGCCUGGAAAUUAUCCUGACAUGUUGAUUCGUAAGUCAUGCGAACUUCCCUUAUGUACGGAAGAACAGCUUGGAUCGAUUAUGUCGGUCAAAAACUACAAAUCAAAAAGGUCGCGUCUUGCGCAUGAUUUUUUGGAUCUGGUUAUCCACUGGGAAACAUCAGGCGGAGCAAGAUUGAGUAACAUAUUUCGGGGUCACGUCACGUUGCUCCAUUAAGUUCGGCGGGGCGAAGAUCUGUCAUGUUUUUGUCGAAACGCGACGCCGACGCCGGGCCGUGAGUUCGGCGGAGCCAAUCUGUCAUUCAGAUUUCUAUGCGAUUGCAAAUCUAACAAAUCCGUUGAGUCGACGAGUACUUUCGUUUCAUCGACUUUGGCAGGCUGUCGAGGAGGUCAUCUGAACGCAACUAAACAUGAUACUCACUUCUGCUUCCUUGCCUGUUUUCCAUUCGAUCCCAUUUGGUGUUCCACCCAGAAGCCGGACACGCCAUGUGGACUUUCAUCCUGCCGGACCUGAUGCACAGCGUGGUGAUGGCGGACUUUUUGUACCACUACGUCCAGAAGGUAAAACGCGACGCGAAAGAAAUGCUCAACUUCGGUUACGACUACGCGCACGCGUAAGCCAGUGCAAUAGAAUGUGGGUGGAUUGUCAAAAUGACAAGAGUACUUACUUUCUUCACUUGUUCGUACUUGUUUCUCAUGCGUGAAAUAAGGCUAGGCCGCCGGUCUAGCCUGUUUCACAGGGAAGGCAAGUGACGCGGCUAAAGAUUGCAGGCUUGUUCAUUCCCAUGGACGAGGCUGCUUAAAACAUUGGCAGGAGUGUCUGUCUUUGCCCCAAACCGCAGGCGAACUCGACUUUGCUUAUCAUGGGUAAAGUUUGCCACGCGUCGCGUGCAUUUGCCGCGCCGCCAGGCUGGCGUCGUGUUUAUGCGAGACAAACUGCUAAUGUCCAUUUUGUCGAUUCCCCACCUCGCAUUCGUUCCCAUAACGCAGUAUAAGGAGCAGGCUGACCGUCUAGUAAAACAAAAACUACCACGAGGCAGAGUCCGGAUUUCCGCUUUUUCACAGAAGACGACACGACCCGGCUCCUCCUGAACCGUCUUGGAAGAUGAUAAAACACUACUACCUCGCGCGCACCUUAACCAGCAGACCGGCUGUUCUUGUCCUGUUCAAUUUUUGCGGAUUAAUGUCACGAAAUAUCAAAUAUUUUUCCACAAUUCCUUGCUUUUCCGCGACGCUCUGUGCCCUGUACUCCAGGCAGAGUUGGCUUCUCUUCUUUCGAUGACGACAGGAGAACAAAUUGUACAAAGAAAAGAAAAACUAGGACGCUUCCGAUUGGAAUCGUCCCUUGGUUGAAGCAAUGGCCUUGGACGCAAGUAUACAAACUACAAGAAACACAUUCGAUGCUUUUGAUACACAUCAUUCAAAAACUCCGAUAGAAUCGAUUUUCAAAGUUGAAAAGGUCUGGCGAAACUAAAAUGAUCAACUUAUAAGCAGGACGACAAUAAAGGAGCAGUAGCAGUACGAAGACGCUCACUUACCUUGCGAAAAAAACGCAGAAGAAUUUGUUUAUUGUGCAU